CGCUGCUUCGCACGGCGUCGUGGGAGGCAGGGCAGCCCAAAGCGGUCGCAUGACAUCAAUCUAGGCUCCUGACCGACGCCUGCGCCGCGGGCAGCGCGCAGCACAAGACAUGGGGAGGCGCACAGCCCUCCUGGCCCUCGCCCUCGUCAGCAUGCCCUGCGUCGUCGUCGGCGGGGACGCGGCGGCCUGCCCCUGCGAGCCUUGCGUCGAGGGCGUCGGCAUGCGCGACAACGCGAGCUGGGGCUUCUACCGCCUCUCCGACGUCUACGCGCACACGCUGUCUUCAUAUAAUGCGUGCUUCUGGCCCCGGAGCCUCGCGUGCGACUACUCGCACAAGCGGACUCAUCUAUCAGACCUGGACGCCUUCCUCGCGGCCGUUAGGAGGCGCCUCGCGCGCACACCGGAAGCGCCGCCGGCGGCCGACGAGGUCGUCUGGCAUUUGAGACUGGGCGAUACUGUGGAUUGCGACGACGCGUUCGAGCGGCCGUGCGCGCGCAACGCGAAGUACGUUUUACAAAGACCCUUCUUCGAGGCCGUCGCGGCGCGCCUCAAACCGCGUUCAGUAAUUACGCUGAUCUACGCCACGCAGCACGCGGGCUGCAAGGAUGCUCAUAGAACGCCGCCGGAGCGGAGUAGGGCCUACGUCGCCGCGGCGAUUCAGUUGUUACGGUCCCGGGGCUUCGAGGUGCGCGAGCGGGCGGACGGCGAACCGGACGCGGACAUGACGUACAUGUGCCGCGCGCGGACGCUCGUUUUGGCGGGCGGCGGCUACACGCGCCUCGCGGGCGAGUGCGCGCGCGCCUUCGACGCCGCGCGCCCGGCGACGGUGCUCGGGCUCGCCGCGCCGGCCACGGACCUCGUCGAGCUGCCCCGGGCCUAUCGGAACAGCCGCCGCGACGCCAUCGACGCGGACAAGGCGCGGCGGGCGGCGAAGAAGCAGCGGGAGUCGUCCCCGUAAGUGUGUUUUUGUCUACUACCCGUCCAUAUACAACAUCUAUUACGCAGGCGCGACGAAGAACCCGCCAUCAUCCUCGGGCGCGUCGCCGAGUUCUCUUUCAACGAAAUCACCAUCCGCACGAAUAGCGGCAACCAAACCAUCAAGCGAGUCGAACUUGAGCUCGGGCCGCACGUAGCCCACGAUUAGUAAACGCAGGGUCCUUCCAUAAAAGUCCGCCGCGAAGUCGUGCAGCAGCCACGCCUCGACCGUCUUGCGCUCGAGGUCGCCGAAGUGCCUGCGUCCGAGCGGCGCGUCGACGGCGUACGCCGCGCGAAGGGUCGAAAGCGACGGACGUGCAUGCGAGCGGCGCGUCGACGGCGUACGCGUGGCCCCAAACGCCAUCGCCCCGACGCGAGUGACGGGACACCGCCGGCGCACGGGUUCCAGCCCACGCUCACGGCCGCCUUGUAGACGCCACUAUCAGGGCCGUCCGCGACUUGGGCCCACGCCGCAUAAAUGCCCGUGUCGUGCGUGUCCACGAAGGUCCGAAUACGGGCCGCGGCCGGCGUUUUCGCGCCGUCGGUCCAGUCGAUUUCCAAGUUCGCCGUCGGAAAGCCGAGC